UGUAAGCGUAAGGGGUUCGCUGGUUCGUGGAAAUGAUAAAUGUGUCCACAUUUCUAAAUAACCAACAUGUCAUUUAUCUGACUGGAGAUAUAGAUAGCUUUGCCAGCGUCCUUGAAAUUUCUGAAUGAAUAAUGGCUUUCAACAUUCCAAAUGCGCGUAAACGGACCUUGUCUUCAGACACAACAGAAAGCAGUGAUAACGAGAAUGGUGACAUCAGCCCAAGUAAAAGUACAGAGAGAAAAUAUGCUAGAUAUGAUUUCAAUUCUUUGCCAGGCUUCGAACGUGCAUCUGAAAACAUUGUUGAGGAUGAUGAUGAAGAAGAUGAUAACUUUACUGAUGAAAAGCCAGGAAUGUCUGGUGGAAACUACAGCAGCUUGGCCCAAAAGCUUAUGGAAAACAUGGGCUAUGUGGAGGGCAAAGGAUUGGGAAAAUAUGCUCAAGGGCGUGUUGAUAUUAUUGAGUCUUCAAAACAGAGAGGUAGACGAGGUCUUGGUUUGCAGCUAACUGGUUUAGAUGCAGAUGAAAAGGCAGACUGGUCAAUAGAGGAAGAAGAGGAAGAAGUUCCAGUUCCUGAUUGGAUUCCUUCAUGUGAGCUGCUGCCACCAAAUCUUGAUGAAAUGGAAGAAUGGCCUACUAUAAGUCCAAGGAACGAAACCAUUGAAGAUGAGACUGAUUUCUGUGAUCCACAAGUUCUGGAAGGCAUUUUAGAUUCAAAGAAACUUUUUGACAUGCUUGGCACUGAUGAGUUUCUGAAAGCACGAACAAGGGCCAAUCCUCAUGAGACCAUUCGCGGUGGAAUUUUUCAAAACAGAGCCGCAAUGAAGAUGGCCGAGCUAGACGCAUCAUUUGAUUUCAUGUUUACAGACCCAAGGAACCAUGAAGGACAGAGCGUUUUGGGGACAAAUGAUCUUUUAUAUUUUGCUGACAUUUGUGCUGGCCCAGGCGGGUUUUCCGAGUAUGUUCUAUGGAAAAAGAAAUGGCACGCAAAAGGUUUUGGGCUCACAUUGAAAGCUGAUGGUGCAAAUGAUUUCAAACUAAAUGAUUUCCUGGCUGGAUGUCCGGUGACGUUUGAACCGUAUUACGGUGUCGGUGGAUACGAUGGUGAUGGCGAUAUUUUCAGAGAAGAUAACCUUAUUGAAUUUCGCAAAUUUGUUCUUGAGAAUACCAAUAAUCUUGGAGUUCAUUUUGUAAUGGCUGAUGGUGGAUUCUCCGUGGAAGGUCAAGAAAAUAUCCAAGAAAUUCUCUCAAAACAACUUUAUCUAUGCCAGUUUCUUUGCGCAUUGUCAAUAAUACGUCCAGGUGGGCAUUUCGUUUGCAAGCUGUUUGAUACCUUCACCCAUUUCAGUGUGGGCUGUAUGUAUCUUUUGUAUCGAGCGUUUGAAGAUGUCUGUAUUUUCAAACCAGUGACAAGCCGACCAGCAAACUCUGAAAGAUAUAUAGUAUGCAAAGGUAGACGCACAGACACUGAUGCUAUACACGAUUACAUGUUUGAUGUCAACCAGCAAAUUAACCGAAUGAAGAGGACCAAACAGGAUGUCAACCAGAUUGUACCAGCUAGUAUCAUAAAAGACGAUGAAAAUUUUUUCGAGUACAUAUACAAUGCAAAUAACAAAAUUGGAAGAAGACAAAGCAGAGCACUUUUAAAGCUAAAGACUUUUGUACAGAACACCGCUCUGCUGCAUCCAAACCAAGGCGAUGUAAGAAAAGAAUGUCUGAAAAGAUGGAAGGUUCCAGAUGAAUUGAGGGCAGCAGUGAACAGAAAUAACGCCGAUGAGAGAUAUGCCGUUUUGAUUAAGAAUAUAAGGAUAAAGACAGACAUUGAAAUCCUAACUGAGGCUGUAAUGAAGCAGAGGCUUACAAAUAUUUUAGACUACAAAUGUGCUAUCGCUGGAGGUGUUCGAAUGUUCUUGUUAAGCUUGGGGCGCUUCCACAUAUUCAAAUGGGAACCGAAAAAUGUCUACAGCGGACCUAGUUGGAUAAAAAUCGAUGACCCAAAUUUUGAGCUGCCAAGAGACACUCUCAUUGAAGCGGAACUAGUACCAGAAUUCAAAGGAGAGGGGCGCGGACAAAGGCGUUUGCAGGCUGUUCAUAUAAUUGAUGCUAUAUAUCUCGGAGGCGAUUACAUUGCGGAUAAACCUUUAACUUACAGAAUCCAGCAGAUUGAACUUUUCACCAAAGCCAUCAAUAAACCAUCCAGACCUGGGUUAACUGCUGUCAGGUUUAAGAAGGCUUAUCGCUUGAAUGAUGUGUAUCAAAUAUUUGGAAGGAUGGCCGUACAUCAGAUGAAAAGCAGAGGAGUGCAGAAGUUAUGUUAUGAUGUCAUUGACGAUAAAUACUUUGUUCCGACGGGCUUGCAUUUCUUCAAGUGUGUCAAAGGUAUAAAAUUGUCACUUUUCUGUUGUAUUAACAUUGUCUCUUUCAAUUCCCAGUACAGGGUUUUUCACGGAAUCAGCAGACGAUGCUGUAAAUACUUUUUUCAUUACAUUUGGCCAGAAUGAUGCUUUGGGAAGGAG